AUGCCCUGUUUUUCGGCAUGUAAUCGACGUUCGGUUACACAUUUUCCGCAAACAACAAGCAACACAAAUCGAGCCAAAACUGCAGUACGUCAUCGUAGUUCUGAUAUUCAAUAUCCCAGCUAUGCUUGCAAACAGGAUAUAUCAUUUAAUCCAUGUUCGGAAGUUUUCUAUACCCGAGGCCUAACGCCAAACUAUCAUAACCAAACUCGUAAGAAACAACCACGCUCAAAGGAUGUACGAAAAGUCUCUAUACCACCAAGAGAAUUAGAACGUCUUAAGACUGCCUCUAAAGUGGUGACAAUUGAGGAACGUUUGGAUGCUCUGAUGAAACGUGAAGAAGAGGCAAAACGUUUGGAAGAGGAAGCUGAGCGUGCCAAACAACGUUUCAAAGAAAUUGACGAGGAACGUAAAAAGCUUGAGGCAGAACGUAAUAAAACCCUUACACCCGAUGAGGGUAAUGACCAAAUACGUAUAUUGGAAAGGGCCUUCCUUGCCAAACACGAACAGGAGGAAGAAGUCAAAAAAGCCAAUCGUAUUAUAUUGGAAGCAAAAUGCCAUGCUGUGCGUGAUGCACAGGUCCAGGAGAAAACUCAAAUACAACGGGAACUUAAGAAUCACGAACAACGUUUGGAACGUCAGGUAAUCGACAAUGCCAUAAAGGCUCUCUCCGAGGAAGAUGAAAAAUUUAAUAAACUUCACGAAAACAAACAAAAAUAUGCCGACGAAAUUAAAAAGCAGCUUCACGAAAGAGAAAAUUUACGUUUCCUGGAGGCAGAACGCAUUGAAGAGGAGGCCCAAAUGUUGCGAAAAGCCAACGAAGCCAUCAAACGUGAUGAAGAGCGUCGCCAAAAAGAAUCCCAAGAAAGACGUCGCAAAUAUCGUGAAGAUCUAGCUAAAGUUGUAGAAAUGUCCACACAAUUCCGUAAAAUGCUUUGGCAGCAGGAGCGAGAAGCUGAAAUGAAAGUAGCUGCCUAUAUGAAAGAGAAAGCGGAGCGUCUAAAGGCACUGCACAAUGAGAAAAUGUUGGCCAAACAGGAAUUUGAACGUAAACAACAACGUAUCUAUUCUCUGGCCGAAAAGAUUCUACAAUCAAAAUCGGAUCGUGAAGAAAUGUCCUAUCUGCGUGAACAGGAGAAAAUCGAACGAGAAUAUAGGCGUAAGGAACGUGAAGCCGCUUUGCGUAAAAAACAAAUCGAAAAAGAAUUGGCUGAGGCACGUGAACGUCAAAUGCAAGAGACCAAACACCGUCAAGCGCUGCAAAUAGCUCGUGCCGAACAAGAUUUCAAUGUACUCAUUGAACGGCUUAAAAAUGAAGAGGCCAAGGAACGGCGGGCCCAGGAGGAAAGAGAUCGUAAGCGAGAUAUGUAUCGUCUUGAGAUUAUACGACAAAUGGGCGAUAAUGAAAUGCAAAGACGUCGUCUGAAAGAAUUGGAAAAGAGUCAAGCGGAUGCAUGGCGUGAAAGUGAAAGGCAGCGAGAUGCUAAUAUACGUGCCGUCAUUAAUGCUAAAUUAUCAGCUAUGCGUGAGGCCUGCUUGCCGGAAAAAUACAUUAAGGAUGUGGAGAAACAGCUAUCACGUAUUAUUAGUAGUGGUGGUGGUGGUCAAGACUUCUUGCGACGUUUCUCCGACGACCAAUCCACAUCGUCUUCAUCAUCACUUCCGGCAUUUGUUGUCUGCAGAUAUGAUGACGACGACGAAGAGCUGGCACUGUUACUCUCCUUGGUGGCCAGUCGACGGCUAGCAAUGCGGCUGGAUAUACGACCCAUGCCCAUACACUUUUCCAAGUGUGGAGCAAAACGAGCCGCCGACACAGGCCUAUCACAGUUGGGGCAGGUGCAGUCCAUUGGUUUUUUGGCGGUGGAUAUGCCAAAUAUAUCGAAAUUUGGCAUGUCGACAAUACGAAAUGAGGUUUCUGCAUCGUCUUCGUUCACACCGUCCAUCGCUGUCAGAUUGCCAGUCUUGCGCAAAUGUGAAAAAGAUAGUAAAUAUAAACAAUUUGUGGAAAAAUUAUUGGCACGAUGCCAGGAAAUACAAACGGAGAACGAACGAUUUGUUUUGAGAAUAAAUAAUAUCAAAAAAAUGAUAAGGCGACGUGAACGUGAUGUUGAAAUACUCAAGGCAAGACUCGAUAGGCACAAUGAUGGCUGGAGAAGUUUACCAAUGGUGGCACCACAUCCCAAGCGAAAAAUCGAACAGAAGCGUGGGCCGAAACCAAAAAAUAAGGACAAUACCACUGCUAAUACCACCGAGUCGACACCCAAAGAAAAGAAACCUCGUAAGCAACGGGUUAAAAAGUCAGCUAGUGAUGAUAAAUCAUCAAUUACAUCAACGACCCAGGGAAUAAAUAUGACAGCAAUGGAUGUACAAGAUAUGCUCUAUCAGGAGAGUCAAUACCAAAUUUCACCGAAGUCAGUUGAAAACGCGCUCAAGAACCUC